AUGGACUUCACAGAGUACAGCGGACCCAGCGCGGAAUGGGUCGCAUUGGAGGCGACCCUCCCUCCACCACCAAAGCAGAGCCUGGAAGAAUUAAAGGUCUUCUCAAACAACCAUCGCGAGGCAGCCUCAGCAGAAGCAAUGAUCAAAGAAGGCCUUGAUUCCCAGGUGACAAUCAAAGACCACACCGUUCCCGCGCGGGACGGCCACCCGCUAGAAGGACGCAGCUACCGACCUUCCGGCAUACCCCCAUCAGAAACCCUCCCCAUCUACAUCUAUCUCCACGGCGGAGGCUUCCUCUUUGGAACGCUGAGUUCCGAAGACGCCGCCUGCGCACGCAUAGUCGCCACCCUGGCCGCCGCAGGACGCCCCGUAGUCGUCUUCAACCUCAACUACCGCCACACCCCGGAAUAUCCGGCGCCAGUGGCAUGGACCGACACGGAGGACGCCUUCCACUGGGUGCACGACCACCUCUCCGAGAUCGGAGGCGACGGCAACCAGGUCGUAGUAGGCGGGGUCUCAGCAGGGGCCCUGCUAACCGUGUCGUUGGCCCUCCAGCAGAAUUCGGGGAAAGACGCCAAUCUGACCCAGCGGCCUCGCAUUCGAGGCCAGGUCCUCAUCAUCCCACCUUUGGUCCAUCACACCUGUUAUGACGGGAUGUUGGCGCAGAUGCGCGACCCGAGUGUCUCGAGCUUUGUGGAGUGUCGGGAUGCACCAAUUCUGCCGGUGGAGAGGAUCAAACUGUUUAUGAAUUUGCUGGGGUCAGCGCCGGACUUGGAGGAUCGUAGGUCGAAUCCUGGGUAUGCGACACCGGAGGAGGUUAGGGGGUUGCCGCCGGCGGUGUUUGGCGUUGCGGGACUGGAUCCACUGCGCGAUGAGGGGCUGCUUUUUGCGAAGCUGCUCAGUGAGAAUGGGGUUCCGACGGAUGUGAGCGUGUUCCCGGGUCUACCACAUGGGUUCCGGCGAUAUGGGGAUAAACUGUCCGGGUCGAAGAAGUGGGAUGAUGUGAUUACGGAUGGGAUCAAGUGGGCCUUGGACAAGCCGGAGCCAAGUGCUUUCAAGAUCAAGGUGCCAUGA